AUGCAACAACCAAGCUCUGAUUAUUCUCCAGACCUGCUCAAAGAAACCUGCGCCAGCGUGGAACCUCUAGACAGGGAAGCUGAUCUCCAUCAGGAAGAUGCUCCUUGGUCUGAGACCAGCCCACAAGAUGUCUUCAGUUCCUCUGAAAUGCAGACAGUGGCAGUUUGUAUGGACACCACCUUGCCUCCUGGGGACUACAUUCUCCAGCAAGGUUACACAGAGUCUUCCCUUCUGAGGCUUCCUACGGAGGAGAGCAUUGGGAUCCACCAUGUGCCUUUCCAGUUCGACCGCCAUGCUCGGGCCAGAAUUUCCACUUCUCCAACUUUAAGGCGCCUAAGGAUGGCCUCUGCCUCACAAGCACUGUCAUUUCAGGACUGUUCUGGCACAGCUCAGCUGGGAAAUCAAAAGGAAUACACUGGAUCUCUCCACCACAUUUGUAAGAGUCCACCUCGGUGCAUUACAAUUUCUUCACUGUCGCUGCCUUCUUGUGUCCAUGCAAAAUUAUUGUCAUCCAAAGCCAAGUCCGAGAGAACUGCAGCAGUUCCAGAGUCUGACCUACCCAGUCCAAAGCUUCCAAGCAGAGAGGAUCCCCUCAGCAAUGACAGUCCCAAUGAGCCACCCAGAAACUCUUGGAGAGCCAACUCUGCUACGCUUCCUACAAGACUCCCCCGCCCGAUCCCUACACUUUGGGCAGGUGUCCAGGAAGCCCUUCAGGAGUUUCCAGGGACAGAGAUGACGUGUGCUGUUGUUGCGUCUCGCAGAUCAGCCGAGCGCCGGCGCAGCUCCCUGGUGGUGAGCCUGCCGGGCCUCGAGGUGUUCCCUGGAGACCUGCUGGUGUCAGACAGUGCCAUGGACUACCUGCCCUACUCAUCCUUCCUGCUCUCUGCAGAGUCCAAAAAGUCAAGGUGGCCGUUUGCCAAAAGAGGAGUCGGUAAAGACAAACAGAAGCAAGCAUCUGAUCUGGAAAGUUGUCUUUCUGCUGUUAAGAUCACAGACCUCUGCACAGAUGAAUUUUUCUGCUUUAAGAGUAAAUCUUGGCAUGAAUUUAUAAAUGAGCAACAGACUGAGCAGAAAGAUGUCAACAGCCAGUUAGAAGCGAAAAAAGAAGCAGCAGUGUGGGAACUUUUCACAAGUGAAUGCACUUACUUUCUGGAUCAUUUGCUGGUUCUCAAGAUGAUAUUUAUGAACACUCUCAAAUACCUCCAGAGCAAUGAAUUUCUCUUGGAUGUGGAUUUGUGGAGACUUUUUGCAAACUUAGAGGAGUUAAACAAGAUAAGUCUCAGUUUUCUGAAAAUGUUUUUUGAAACUGUGAAGAAGCACGUCAGCAAGUCAGCCUCUCCUGUGGAUUUCAGCUCUGUGCUCAGAAUGUUUUUCCAGGAUGACCUCUGCCAGACACACCAGAUUUAUUGCCUUAAUUAUACCUCUGCCAUCUUCUACUUGGAAAAACUGAGACAGAGAGAAGAUUUUGGCAUCUACCUGAAGUGGUGUGAACAAAAUGAACAGUGCAAGAGGUUGCAUCUGCCAGAGCUGCUGGUCGCUCCUCUGCAUCGACUGACGCGGUAUCCCCUCCUGCUCAACAACAUCUGGAAGAGGAGCACUGAUGAAACAGAGAAGAGUUUUAUCCAGUCACUUAAAGAGAAGGUGGAAAAGUCUAUAAGGGAUCUGGAAGGUAAAGUCAAGUGGUUGGACAACUUUCAGAAGUUCAGGCAGCUGCAAGAGGUCAUAAUUUGGCCUCAGGUCUGGGAUCGUGACAAAAGGUUCUUUGUCCCAGAGUGUUUGAAGCAAAACUUAAGAGAAAACAGCAGUGAAAACAUUUUGUCUUCAGCGAACAGGCUUCUCCUUCAUGAAGGGAAGCUGAUGCUAGCAGAAAGCACAAGACUCCUUGAUGUCUACCUCUUUUUAUUUGAUGAUUUCCUACUAAUUACCAAAAUUAAACGUAACAAAAAGAAAUAUGGAGGCUCAGACACCAGCUUAAUGCCCGUCUGUCCUUCCCUCACUCCUGAGCUGCAGUUCUUCAUAAGAGAGGGGGGAGUUUGCACAGUCCUAGACCAGCCCAUCCCACUAGACAGACUCAUAUUGAAAAAUGUUGAACCCAUCCAAGUUACAGUCUUCAGCCUGCGAAAUGCUUUUCUAAUUCAGCAUGAGAACAGGUAUCGGCAGUGCAUAGCACUCUUCUUGCUACAAGCUCAGACAGAGACUGCCAAGAAAGCAUGGAUGUCACAGAUAGAAACAGCAAUCUCCAAUUACACCACACAACAUGAAACCAAGAAAAGCACUGCUUUCUGCUUUCCUGUUGAAUCCUCUGAAAUUUAAUAAUGUC